CGUGAUGUUGCUUGGCAGAUUGACGACGUUGAAGAUGGCGGACAGGCUAACGCAGUUACAAGAUGCUGUCAACUCACUUGCUGAUCAGUUCUGCAACGCAAUCGGGGUGUUACAGCAGUGCGCUCCCCCAGCCUCUUUCAGCAAUAUUCAAACAGCCAUCAAUAGAGACCAACCAUCGAACCCUACAGAAGAGUAUGCCCAGCUGUUUGCUGCUCUGAUUGCAAGGACAGCCAAAGACGUGGAUGUGUUGAUUGAUUCUCUACCUAGUGAGGAAUCUACGGCAGCACUCCAGGCAGCCAGCCUCCGUCAGUUGGAGGAGGAGAACCAUGAGGCGGCUGCUCGGCUGGAGGAGGUUGUGUACCGCGGGGACGUGCUGCUUGAAAAGAUCCAGAGCGCCUUGGCGGACAUCGCUCAGUCCCAGCUCCGCACCCGGAGUGGAGCUCCCAGCCAGCCUUCACCUCCGGAGUCAUGACUACAGGGGGACUGAUGAGAUCUGGACUCAUGGACUCUUCUGAAUGAUGUGUGCCCUUCUGUAAUUUGUACAGUUUGUAAAAAAUAGUGUAACUUUGGAUUUUUGUACUUUUGCCUUUUGGUUUACAUUCAUGGAAAGUUGCCAUCAAGUGUGUGUGUGUGUGUGUGUGUGUGUGUGUGUGUGUGUGUGUGUGUGUGUGUGUGUGUGUGUGUGUGUGUGUGUGUCUGUGACAUGACUGUCAGUUUGUUAACAAUUUCAUCUUCACAUUCACUUACUGAAUGGUCAUGUCAUUACUGCACCACCUGCAAUUUAGGAGCAAUUGUGAGAAAAAUAAUAAAAUUGUAAAAAAAAAAAUGUAAAAAA